AUGGUCUCACACCCCUCCCGCCCAUCGCAUGCGCCCUCCAACUCGCGCUCGUCGCAGGCCUCGACCUCGUCCAACACACCCGGCGGCCACUCCAAGAAGUCGUCAUCCUCGUCCAACCACAACGGCCAGCCCCGCGAGCGCGAACAACGGCCGAGCAGAGAAGGGACAGCGCAAAAGGCAGCCCAAGAUGUGGCGGGCCUCAAGGACUUCCAGCUGGGCGACUGCCUGGGCAAAGGCGCAUUCGGCAGCGUCUACAGGGCACUCAACUGGGGCACGGGCGAGACGGUCGCCAUCAAGCAGGUCCGCCUCGAGAACCUGGGCGCCGCAGACCUCAAGAACAUGGAGAUGGAGAUUGACCUGCUCAAGAACCUGAACCAUCCGAAUAUCGUCAAAUACCACGGCUUCGUGAGGAGCUCCGAGAGUCUCUACAUCAUCCUGGAGUACUGCGAAAACGGAUCGCUCCACAGCAUCUGCAAGAACUUCGGAAAGUUCCCCGAAAACCUCGUCGCGCUGUACAUGUCGCAGGUCCUCCAUGGUCUGCUCUACCUCCACGAACAAGGUGUCAUACACAGGGAUAUCAAGGGUGCCAACAUCCUUACAACCAAGGAGGGCCUGGUCAAGCUCGCCGAUUUCGGUGUAGCCACCAAGCAGUCGGGCUUGGACCAGUCGAGCGUCGUGGGCACACCCUACUGGAUGGCUCCAGAGGUCAUCGAACUGUCGGGAGCUACUACGUCGUCAGACAUCUGGAGUUUGGGAUGCACGGUCAUCGAGCUGAUUGAAGGAAAGCCGCCCUACCACAAGCUGCAGCCCAUGCAGGCCCUGUUUAGAAUUGUCAACGAUGAGCAUCCACCGAUACCCGGCAGUGCCUCUCCGCUGCUGCGCGAGUUCCUCAUGGAGUGUUUCCAGAAGAAUCCCACGCUCCGCAUCUCCGCAAAGCGCCUCCUCAAGCACCCAUGGAUCCUCAGUGCCAAGCGUACUGUCCCUGCAGUACCCACAAAACCUACCGAAUACCAGGAAGCAGUCAAGUCCGUGCAGGAAUGGAACGAGGCAUUAAAGUCGCCCAGCUCCCUUCGCCGGAGUUCUCGUCUUGUGUCGGGAUUGCAGAAGGCGUCCCCUGCUGCCGCCAACGGUGCUGGUGCUUCAUCUCGUAAGAUUCCGGCCAACGUUAAUCUCAACAUCCCGAAGCACAGACCUACCGCAGAGUCAUUCCGCUCGCCGGAACUAGAGCAUGACGAUAACUGGGAUAAUGACUUUGCCGAAAGCAUAUCGCCUCGUGCCCUGCAGAUGCCACACCUUAAGCCACAGGACAACUUUGGCGGGCUCUUCUCGAGCGACAGGCUCAAGGCUUUCGCCAGCUUCGAGUCAGUCACGGAGAUGCCUGAGUUCGGGGACGGAGAAGCCACGGUGAAGAGCCCGAUGAACAUGGCACAAUUCCAAAGCUUUCCAAAAGCGUCAGGUCACAGAGCAGCCGAGAGAUCGAGAGGCGCCAAUGGUAGACCCAAGACGUCUGCUUCCUCCUCAAACACGUCUUCAAGAUCGAAUUCCAACGCUUCUACGUCAGAGUAUGAGGAUAGAUAUGAACAGCCAAGAACGGCAUUCCUACGAGGCACACCAAAGGCUGCGCAGUCCCCAAAGCCAAAGCCUAAAGCGCCAGCGCGGCCAAGUCAGCUCUUUCGUGAGGAUACUGUCGAAGACUACUCAGAUCUCAUGCCGGCUGACGAGGGUGCUUUUGAACGUAAACUGGCGUCUAUGCAAUACGCGCACCCACCAGCCACAGCAUCAAGACAAGUAGCAGUCACCAAUUCCAGCCCACCCUCUGACACUUUCUCUCCACGCUUAUUCCAUCCCAGCGACUUGAAAGCAGGACCCAAGUCAACACGCGAUCUCAAGUCAAAUGGCAACAUACAUCAAAGAUCGGCAAGCUCAACAUCCACGCGAGGAAAGCUACAACGAACGCAGUCGCAGAUUGAGAUUCAAAAGUAUGCCGAGAACGAAAGCGACGAUUUUUCUGAUGUCUUUGGUGAUAUCAAGAGUCAACUUGCUAAUCCUAGUCGAGCCGAGAGUGAUAGUGGUAGUGAGCACAGUAGUCUCGCUAUGAUCACAUCCAAGAUGGCCAACUCUUUCAUCAUAGCGGACGAAGAUGACCUCGAUCCAUUCGCGAACCUCGAUGAAGGUCUCGACAACAUCAAUCUAGAGAACAACGUCGCUCGAGAUCGGGACGAUCGGCUAACGAAGAUGACGGAAAGUCUAGUUGGCUGUUUGAAGACAAGUCAGCCCGACGAUGAACUGCUCGACAUUGCAGAUCAACUGCUACAGGUGCUACACGAGUCGCCAGACAAACGAUCGAUCAUACUGCGAAGCCAUGGCAUGUUGCCCAUCCUGGAGAUCCUUGGAACCCGGCCGCACAACGAAGUGGUACUACCUCUUCUCAAGAUCAUCAAUCUGAUUAUCUUGGAAGACUCCGAAUCGCAGGAGAGCCUAUCGUUCCUGGGCGGCAUUCCGACCAUCUGCUACUUUGCUUCCAAGAAGUUUCCCAGUGAUAUCCGGAAAGAAGCUGCAGCUUUCGUACGGCAAAUGUACCAAACAAGCACCCUGACUCUGCAGAUGUUUAUCGGAUGUGGUGGUAUCAAUGUGCUAGUUGAGUUCUUGGAGGAGGACAUCGACGCUGAGCGCGAUCUGGUACUGAUCGGUGUCAAUGGUGUCUUUGGCGUCUUCGAAUUGCAAGGACCGACGCCCAAGAACGACUUUUGUCGUAUCUUUUCGAGAUCAAGCGUACUAUAUCCUCUCAGUCUGGUGCUGAAUCGCAUGGUGGAGGAGGAUGGAGAGGUUGCACGCCUAAUUGUGGGCAGGAUCGUACAAAUCUUCCUUAUCUUCUCACAAGCAGAGAGCCAUGUCAAGGAUCUCGUGGCGGAUCGAAUGAUCUUGAAGCGUGUAUUGAAAGACCUUCGCAAGAUGUCACCACCACAUCAAAUCACUAUGCUUAAGUUUAUCAAGAACCUCAGUUCCCUUUCCUCGACCCACGAAGCCCUCCAGAACUCCAAUGCAAUCGACAUCCUUAUUGAACUACUCAAGUCAACUCGGCAAAAAGACGCCAUGAGCCGCAGCCUGCACCGAUCCGCUUCUGACCCAGCUCGACUACCUCCGUUCCACCGCGAGAUCUCAAACCAGAUCCUCAACACUAUGUACAAUUUGUGUCGGCACAACAAGAGCAGGCAGGAAGAGGCUGCGCUGUCAGACAUCAUACCUUUACUGAAGGAAGUUGUGCGCGAGGGCGGCCCGCUCAAGGAGUUUGCGUUGCCGGUGUUGCUUGAGAUGGUCAACUCGGGCAAGGUCGCACGGAAGAUGCUAUGGGAUGCGAAGGGCCUCGCAUUCUACGUAUCGCUACUUGGUGAUCGCAAUUGGGCUGUGACGGCCCUAGAUGCCAUAUUCGUAUGGCUUCAGGAAGAGACCGCGCGCGUUGAACAAUACCUCCUUUCUUCGCAAUCGAGCUUUACAGUUGCUAUCAUCUCUGCGUAUACCUCCGCCGACCUACCACACUCCACGUUUGAGAACAUGCUCGAACCAUUGCAGAAACUUGUUCGUCUAUCUCCACCGAUUGCUGCAUCUCUCGCCGUACCUGAGAUCUUCAGUCGCACAGAACAGAAGCUGGGGCACAAAGAUGCUGUGACGCGUCUCAACUUCCUCCGUAUCCUACGGACAAUUUGUGAUGCGAGGGACGAAGGCUGCUGGCUCGUACGCGCUUUUGGCUGCUAUGAUCGUAUCAGUUGGCUUAUGGAACACGAUUCUGCUGUAUUGGUGCGGCAGAUGGCCGAAGAGCUCGUCCGUGCAUGCGACGAAGUCGAACACUCAGGUAUCAACAAAGGAUCGAAUGGCAAGCGAAGCCUUAGUCGUGCUUCAGCUAUUGGCAUGAAUCUACGCCGUCCAGCUUCAUCCGCUGGUCGUCGAGACGGUUCCGGCUCUAGCACCGGCUCUACACUGGUAGGCAGUGGCAUGGGGCUGACACCGCCUACACCUAACUCUCUUAAAUCUACGUUUAUGCUUCCACCCAUGGCCAGCACGCCAACGGGACGCGGUGGCAUCACGAGGUCGCAGUCGUCAACAGCAAUGUGGGAUCUCGCUGAAGAUCCCUCCGCUGUUCCUCCUUCAUCCGGCCGCUCAAAACCACCAGCUCUAGCACGCAGCUCAACCUCUUUUGCAGCCUUGCAAUCCAACAACAACACACCAACUGGCCCCCGCACAUCUUCACGUCCACCAUCUCGCGAUGCAGCAACAAGCCUCGCGCGCAUAGAAGCGAAUAACGCCAACUCAAAGUCGUCUUCACGUCUUCCCAAAGCCCGGGCAGGCCGUCUUGGUGAGGCGGUCAUGCGACGACGCCAAAGUACUGUUGGUGGCGAAAAUGAUGCACCGGGAAGUGCUACUCCCACUCCAACUCCCACCCCCACGACGACCAAUGCGCCGCCGCUUCCACGGCUACAAAUUGUGAGAAGGAGAAGAGAGACUAGCGGAGGUGAGAUGAGUACAGCAGCGAGGAAGGGUGUCGCGCCGGAUUAG